GCCUCAAAGGGCCCAAUACGGAGAGCCGAUCAAACCCGAAGCAGCUUGUAAACGGGUUUGAAAUUUGACAUGGCGCCUUUGAAAUCCAGCUACCACGGGCCGGGAACUCACGGCGUACAUUAGCGAAACCCUCGAUUUUAAUUUUCUAUUUAUAGCUUUCCAGAGAGAGAGAGAACAGCAGCAGCAAAUGGCUUCUUCUACUAGUAUGAGGGAAAGCUACAGAAGUGAGCUCUGUACAGCGAUCCGUCAACUCAGAGAUCGCUGCCUCUACUCAGCUUCCAAAUGGGCAGCAGAACAGCUGGUCGGAAUCAAGCAAGACCCGGCAAAAGUCACCAAUUCCCACCACCAGACCCGACUCCACUGUAGCAGCGGCAGAACCACCUCCAGUACUCGCCACCACAGAUUCCACCCUGCCGACAUCGCAUCCACCCCUCUAACAGGCGUCUCCUACAUCGGCACCCCCGUCCUCGAAGAAGAACAGGAUGACGUCAAGAUUGACUACUUUCUCCUUGCCAAGUCGUACUUUGACUGUCGGGAGUAUCGACGGGCCGCUCACGUCCUCCGCGAUCAGAUCGGGAAGAAGGCCAUCUUCUUGCGCUGCUACGCUCUCUAUCUGGUUCGAUCGAUCUCCCUUCAUCCAGGCCUUCUGGUUGGUCUGGACAACAGACAUCCAGCAGGUCCUGGCUUAUAUGGUCGUUGGAUCAGGCACUGA